GAGAAGAAGUAUCGCAACAAUUCCCACAAUGUGAACACGAGUAUUUCCACUGACUACUAUCCGUAUCCAAAAUUUGUAUUGGGUGGACACACCUCAGAGGUAUCAGUGGCACAGUUCAGCUGUGGAUCACGGUAUAUUGCAUCAAUCGACGAUUCGAUUUGUCGUCUUUGGCAAUUCGAUCGUUCGUUGGUUGAGAAACGAUCGAAAUCUUUGAUGAAAACGAAUGGCUUCGAACAAAUCGAAUACUAUUCACUUCCGCAUUCUCAGGGCACUGCCAGUCAAAUGGAGAAACUUUGUGUUACUCCAGUUGAUUCACCGUCGGCCAAGCGGAAAGCACCAAUUAAAAGUCCGUUCACGAGUCCUUUCAAAUCAGCUCCAAACUCUGGCCGCUAUCUGAACGCCGAACGAUCACCCGUCAAAAAGAUCUCAAAAUUAUCAUCAUCGCCACUUUCACCACUACCCAACAUUUGCAACGUUGAACUAUCAGCGAAACAUGCACGAUCCUCUCGUCGUCUCGAUUUCUCACCUGAAAAUAUAUUCGCGUUCGAAAAUGAGUCUGUCGACGACAGUCUCGCUUCAGUUGAGUCACCAAAAUGCGCAUUUUAUUACAAAUAUCCAACCGAAAAUUUGCCCAAUUGGGUUGAGGAGAGACAUAAAACAAAAACUGAACAACAGCGAAAACAUCCAUCACCACCAAUCACGAUAUCAGUCACUCCNAAAAGGAUGUGUUCAAAUAUUAUGCAGUUUUUCAGUCCACCAUCUCCAGGAAUUGCAAACUGUUCACGUAUGAUAUCGCAUGCGGAACGUGAGAUACAACGUUCACCCCGCAAGCUGUUGCUAAAACAGCGUCUAAAAGAAUCUGCGGAACGUGCACAAAAAGUUGGUCGGCAAGUGACACCACGUCGUUCGAAAGCAACCACUCGAAGAAUAUCGUCGACCGGUGCGAGAGGCGCGAAGUCAUCUCAUCGAAUCAUUACAGACCCAAAAACACCAACUUCAGCACCACCAAUCACUGGUCAAGUUUUAACCGAUAAAAUAUUAUCUUCAUCUUCUUCGCCGCCAACAACAACCACUACAAACAGUGCACCGCGAGUGGGUCGAACCAUUAAAGAUUUCUUCAUGGCGAAACGUAAUCUCAACACGUCUUCUUGA